AGUAUUUUACGAUGCAGGGAUUCAGAGUCCCAGUAUCGGCGUUUGGUCAGAGUGAGAAAGCAGGCUCGCAGGCGUCGUCAUCAAGCGACUGCAGCUCUCUAGUAGUGGGCAACUUGGCUACUGAAGAGUAUACUGUUACAAGAAAUAAGUUGUCUGAUAAGACAACAACAAAGACAAGAAAAUCAAAGUCUGUUAAAAGCGUUGCGGGAUUCUCAAUCGAGGAAUCAGAAAAGAGAAAAGAGAAAAGAAGGCUCUAUAUGAAAAAUUAUAGAGCCAAGCAAUCAAAGGGGGCUAGAGAAGCUCGUUUGCGACAAAUGCGUCAGCAUGCAGCCGAAGUCAGAGCCUCAGAAUCUGAUCAAACUAGAGAAGCUCGUUUGCAGCAAGUGCGUCAGCACACAACUAAAACUCGGGCCUCAGAAUCUAAACAAGCCAAAGAGACUCGUUUGCAGCAAAUGCGUCAACAUGCAGCCAAAGUCAGAGCCUCAGAAUCUAAACAAGCCAAAGAGACUCGUUUGCAGCGAAUGCGUCAACAUGCAGCCAAAGUCAGAGCCUCAGAAUCUGAUCAAACUAGAGAAGCUCGUUUGCAGCAAGUGCGUCAGCACACAACUGAAACUCGAGCCUCAGAAUCUAAACAAGCCAAAGCGACUCGUUUGCAGCAAAUGCGUCAACAUGCAGCCGAAGUCAGAGCCUCAGAAUCUGACCAAACUAGAGAUGCUCGUUUGCAGCAAAUGCAGCACCGAAAUGCUGAGUCAAGGAGAUUAAGUAGAGCAAGUCUGACGGGCUUUAAGCAAUCUAUUAAUACAUUUUGUGAUAAGACUUAUGAAAUUUGCACUAAACGGUGCUAUCAACAUCAAAUUUCUAAGUGGACUGUAGAUACCAAAGUGGCUCGAUACCUGCCUGACGAACUAAAACAAAAGAAUUGCUUGACAGUUUGUAAUCGUUGUAAGGUCCAUUUGACUUCAAAGAAAAAUUUUGCACCAUCUAAAGCUUAUUGGAAUAAUCUGGACCCAGGCUCUAUUCCAGAAGUGAUUGCUGAGUUAUCACAAGCCGAGCAGAGGCUUAUUUCACGCAUUAUACCAUUUGUUAAAAUUAUAAAACUUAGUGGUGUAUUUGGUCAAUAUAGUUUUCGAGGUCAAGCAGUACUGUUCGCUCAGGAUGUUUUCGAAGUUACUGAAACUCUUCCAAAGAUGUUACCAAGAUCUACAAGUGAUGCUGGAAUAGUUGUCAUUACUGAGCAUCUUGAAAAUAUUAACAUAACACGACAGUUUUCAGUAUCAAGAAAUAAAGUAUAUGAUGCCCUCAAUUGGUUAAUCGCAAAUAAUCCACUUUAUAAAGACGUCACUAUUGAUCAUAACGUUGUGAUGAAUGACGAUGAUAUCGUUAGAGCAGAAGAAACACCGCCAGAAGUUGCUGUGGAGACUAGAGAAGAACCUCCUGAGGGGGCUAGUGCUUACAUAAGCAUCAACGAGUCUGCGAGAAUUGUACGCGCUUCAUGGCAUCAAGAAAACGAUACCAUAUUCACAUCAGGAUAUGCAGGUGUACAAUGCUGUGCAAUGGCAUUGUCAAACAUCUUAAGGGCUAGUGUUCUUAUACCACAAUGCUGGUCGACAAACACCCUUAAUCUGAACAUGUUAACAGGUGAUCGAAUCUACAGUGAAGUAAGAUCUCGAACGGAGUUACGUUUAUCUGCAUAUCCUAUUGAAGCUGAUGGCUACUUACUUGUGCGAAAUUUCAGUGUGAUCAAAGACGAUUUGAUGGUAUUUGACAAAAAAUUUCAGAUUACUUUCUUGGAUGAACCAAACAUAUAUGGAAGCUUGUGUGAUAAGUAUAAUAGCGCAGACUUUGGCCGCACCCUUCAUCAAGGUCUGGAAUACCUGUUUGAGGGACAUAGUGCUGGCAUACUGAUAACAGGUGGGCAAUCGUUCGGAGUGAUGCACUCCGAUGGUAAAUAUUACUUCACCAACUCACACGCUUGUGGCCCAAAGGGAUCUAGAGCGAAUGACAAUAUGGGAAAAGCUUGCAUCAUCGAAUGCGACAAUUUAAAAGAGUUGGUAAGGAUCUGUAAACGUGCAACAGAUAGCAGAAAUGUCCAAUACACUCUUGAUUAUAUUGACGUUGAGGUCUUUGAUAUAGAUGAUGGUCCUGAGGAAUCAGAAACACAACAGAGUAUUGCGAAGUUACCGUCAGCAUCUGAAACGAUCACUUGCCAACCGGAUAUAACUGAUCUAACAAUUCCUCUGCAGACAUCAGUAAUGGCAUCGAUCGAUGUAAUGCAACCCAAUGUAGAAGAUGAACUACACGUUUCACAAAAUCUCAACGAGAUCACCCGUAAAACAAAAGACAAUAUCGUCAAUGUGGGACAUGAACUAAAAGCAGAAGAAUUUGCUUGGUUUUUCUUGUUUCCUUAUGGAAAGAAUGGUUUCAAAGAGCAAAGGCCCGUAAAUAUUACUGCGUUAGAUUACUUUCAAUUUAGAAUUUUGGGAAGUGAUACAAGAUUUCAACGCAACGAUUAUCUAUUGUAUGCUUUAUCCUUCUUUGAAUUUUAUCGUAUCACAAGCACUAUAUCAGCAUGUGCUAAGAAAAUUGUUAACAAAGAAGGAGCAGUCGAAGAUGUCCAUCUGUAUGUGAAAAAUGUAAGAGGUUCUGCAGCUUAUUGGAGGUCAGCUUUAAAAGAACUCUUAGCUCAAAUUAGAUGUCUAGGAGCUCCAACAUAUUUUGUAACAUUUAGCUCAAAUGAUCUUAAUUGGUUAGAUCAACGAAAAGCUUUGUUGAUAGCUGAUGGUAGACCUGAUGUUGAUCCUAAUACGCUUGAUAUUUAUGAGACUCAAAGACUUAUCGAAAAGUACCCAGUAAUUUUGAGUCGACAUUUCAUGAUUAGAAAUCGGGGCAGUCCUCACCUUCAUAUGGUGAUCUGGAUUGAAAAUCAUCCAGAGUUUGAUUCAGAAGAAGGGAAACUUCUUCUCGAUCGUAACUGUUUCUGUAGAAUGCCUACAGAAGAAGAAGAUCUAGAGCUCCAUGAUCUAGUUCUGAAAUGUCAAAUUCAUCGGCAUACACAUACUUGUACAAAAAAUAAUACUUCCGUAAGAUGCCGAUUUAACUUUCCACGUCAAGUAUGUAACGAAACACGGAUUGUGUCUCAUUCAUCUGAGGAUUUUCUUCGUAACGGAGGAAGAAUUUGUUUACUUAAGCGUCGAAAGGAAGAUGCGUGGGUAAAUAACUACCAUCCAGAUUUAUUAAGAUUGUGGACCGGCAAUAUGGAUAUUCAGCCGUGUGGGUCAAAUGAAGCGAUAGCGUACUACAUAGCAAAGUACCUAUCGAAAGCAGAACCUGAAGGUGUAGAUUCUGGAAUUGCGCAAGCAAUACAGCAAAUUCGACGUGAAGAGACAGAUAUUUCCCGUAAACUGUUCAAGAUAUGUAUGAAGAUUCUUCAUGAACGACAAGUAUCGGCUGCAGAAUGUGCGUAUCGGCUUUGUCAUAUUCCAUUACGAGACAGCUCGCGAAGCUGCAUUUUUCUCAACACGAGAAAGCCAGAACAGCGUUACAGGGUGUUGCAAUUCGACAAAAGCGGACAUGCAACUGGCUAUUAUAGCAAUAUCUUUGAAAGAUAUGAAAAACGUCCGCUACAACAUCCUGACUAUGAUUUUCCGAACAUGAGCCUUACAGAAUUUGCAAUGUUGUUUGAACCAUUCUAUCCGAAAAAGAAUGUUCCCGCAGUUGUGAGGGUACCAUACUUUAUAGCGGCAUCAGAUCCAGAAAACUUUUUCUACAGUUUACUUAUUCAAUACAUGCCUUACCGUUCGGAAACUGAACUACUGGAAGGUUUUAAUAAUUCCAAAGAGGCCUUCUUAAACCGAGAGGAUCGUUUGAAGGAAAUGAGUAGUCAUAUGCGCCAAUUUCGAGAACGAGAUCAACAGCUUGAAAACGCAUUCAAUCAAAUACGUGCGUUUGAAAUUUUAGAGCAGCCAGAGAUUAUCGACCCUGAAGCUGAGGAAGAAGAAUUACCAGAGAUAGAAAUGAGCAAUGAACAAUUCCAGAGAGCACAGCAGGCUAUGAAUAUUGAUCAAAAACAAUUGUUCGUCGCCAUUACAGAGAGUAUCAAAAAUCAGCUUAACGGUGACACUAGGCGAGAGAAAAUUUUUGUAACUGGUGGAGCAGGCACCGGAAAAACUUUUCUUUUUAAUCUUUUGAAAAACCAAGUUAACCGAUGUUAUGGAAAAUCGGUUGUAAAAAUUGGUGCUCUCACUGGAGUUGCAGUACGGUUGGUCGGUGGAACUACACUACAUCGUCUGCUAAAACUACCAGUACAAAAAGAUGGAGUUAUUGUAAGCAUGCCGCUUCUAACUGGUAAUUACUUGAGAGGGAUGCGCCUAUUAUGGCAAAAUGUUGAGUUCUUGUUCAUAGAUGAAAUUUCUAUGGUACCUUAUGAGAUGCUGUGCAUGAUCGACUCUCGUUUGCGUCAACUAAAAAGCCGGGACGCUUGUUUUGGAGGCAUAAAUGUUUUACUCUUUGGUGAUCUAAUGCAGUUACCACCUGUCCGAGGACAUCAAGUAUUCCAACAACCAGAGCACAUGAAACCUGCUACACAUUUAUGGCGGCUAUUCCGCCUGGUUGAACUCAAACAAAAUAUGCGCCAACAAGGAGACACAACGUUUAUAGAUGUGCUUAACGCCCUAAGAGUUGGAGAAUUAACAUCUAAGCAUAUGGAAGUUCUUUUAAGUAAAGUGUCAACAGAUGCUACUGAUGAAUUUUCGAUCGAGAGAGCUUUGAGAAUAUAUCCAACAAAUGACCAAGUUGCUAGACACAACGAAAAAGUUCUCCAGAGUUUUGAGGAUAAAGGGACUACGAUUUAUACAAUUAAUGCACAAGACCAACUCAUCGAUGCUACACGAAAUUUAGGUAAUACAAGUUUAGACUCUGUUAUACCUAAUGAUAUCAAUAAAACAGGAGGUCUUCCUAAAGUAUUGAAAAUAUUUGUAGGAGCUAAAGUGAUGUUAAGGUCGAACAUUGAUGUGUCAAAGGGUUUAGUGAAUGGCAACAUGGGCUUCAUUACCGAAAUUAUAUGGUCUAAUUUUCGCAGGGACCAAGUAUACGCGGAAGACAUCCCGUCAGUCCGUAUUGAUUUCGGUUCAGAUAGUGUCCACGUAAUUAAGCCAAUAUCAAUACAAUUUCCAGCAAAGUACAGCUAUGGAACUGCUGAGAGACGAAUGUUACCGCUAAUCCUGAGUUGGGCAUCGACCGUUCAUAAGAUGCAAGGCUGUACAGUUGAUCAUACAGUCAUUUAUCUGGGCUCUCGGCUGUUUGCUGCGGGACAAGCAUACGUAGCACUCAGCCGAUGCAGAUCUUUGGACGGGAUUCGAAUUGAGGACCUUGAUUGCUCCAAGUUGACGGAAACAGAAGGAAGGAGAAUGUUACAUCCUGAUAAUGAUAAUACACCAAAUGAUUCAAUGAUUAUUUCACAAGUGGCCAAUUCUCAUGUCCCUCAGGAUUUUACUGUUUCAAGACUCUUGUCAACCUCUAAUCAUCAUUUAGACUGCCAUGAGGGAGCUUCCAGUGGAGGUAGAAGACCUAGAAGAAGCAGAACAACGUUUUCAGCGCAACAACUAGCUGCUCUUGAAAGAGUUUUUGAGAGAACACAUUAUCCUGAUGCUUUUGUAAGAGAAGAACUUGCGACGAGAGUAUCUUUAUCUGAAGCCAGAGUACAGGUUUGGUUUCAAAACCGAAGAGCCAAGUUUCGCAGAAAUGAAAGAAGUAGAGGUGCCUCUUCAACCCGAGAUAUUGAAACAACUUUACCGCUACGACCAAUAAGGAUAGCAUAUACUCACGAAAAUACACCAGAAACUUUACAAUCUCCUCCGCAAGUGCCUCAAUAUUCGUAUAGUGAGUACUGGAGAUCAUCACAGAAUUAUAGUUUUGUGAAUGGAAAUCUCAAUAAUGUUAGCUUUCCAUCGUAUCACCAAUCAGAAGUCCAUGGAAGUAUCGAAGGAACAUCAAUGAAUAGCUUGAGCAACCUUAGACUAAGAAGCCAUCCCUACAGCGCUAGUUAUUCAGCAAUGCACGCCAGCAUGUGACUUACUAGUACUUAUAAUGAAUUUAAAUGCUAAGAAGUGCCUAAAAAAAGGAUUCAUUUUAUUGUUCAUAAGUUGAGUAAUAAUGCCAAAGAGUUUUCUUCAACUUUCGUCAAAAUAUAUUAUAUAAUUCACAUCAAAACAAUCACAUGAUGGUUCAUUAGAUAACUCUACAACUGCAUUGUUUUUGGCUACUUUGAAUGAAACAAUAAAUUUUAUUAAUUUUUUUCUGUCAUGUUUAUGAUUUUUAAAAUAUAUAAUAGUAAAAUUUUA